CGGCGCGGGCGCCAUUUUGUGCGAGCGAAGCGUCGCGGAGCGUCCCGGAGCGGCGGCGGCUGCGCUUGUCCGUCCCUCGCGGCGCCCAAGGUCCCGUCGUGUUUCGCAGCCGCGGCCCAGCGGACAAGCAGGAGGAAGAUGUCCGAGUACAUCCGGGUGACAGAGGAUGAGAACGAUGAGCCCAUUGAGAUCCCGUCGGAGGACGAUGGCACCGUGCUGCUGUCCACUGUCACGGCCCAGUUCCCGGGUGCCUGUGGGCUGCGCUAUCGCAACCCCGUGUCGCAGUGCAUGCGGGGUGUGCGCCUGGUAGAGGGCAUCCUGCAUGCCCCUGACGCAGGCUGGGGCAACCUGGUGUAUGUCGUCAACUACCCCAAAGAUAACAAGAGGAAAAUGGAUGAGACUGACGCUUCCUCAGCGGUGAAGGUGAAAAGAGCCGUGCAGAAGACAUCAGAUCUCAUCGUGCUGGGCCUGCCAUGGAAGACCACCGAGCAGGACCUCAAGGAGUACUUCAGCACCUUUGGGGAGGUUCUUAUGGUCCAGGUCAAGAAAGACAUUAAGACUGGCCAUUCGAAAGGUUUUGGCUUCGUUCGAUUUACGGAAUAUGAGACCCAGGUUAAAGUCAUGUCCCAGCGACACAUGAUAGACGGGAGGUGGUGUGACUGUAAACUUCCUAAUUCAAAGCAAAGCCCAGAUGAGCCUUUGAGGAGCAGGAAAGUGUUUGUGGGGCGCUGCACAGAGGACAUGACAGCAGACGAGCUGCGGCAGUUUUUCUGCCAGUAUGGAGAAGUGGUGGAUGUCUUUAUCCCCAAGCCCUUCCGGGCCUUUGCCUUCGUCACCUUUGCGGAUGAUCAGGUGGCCCAGUCUCUGUGUGGAGAGGACUUGAUCAUUAAAGGAAUCAGCGUCCACAUAUCCAAUGCAGAGCCUAAGCACAAUAGCAGUAGGCAGUUAGAGAGAAGUGGAAGAUUUGGUGGGAGUCCAGGUGGCUUUGGGAAUCAGGGUGGCUUUGGAAACAGCCGGGGGGGCGGUGCGGGGCUCGGGAACAACCAGGGCAGUAACAUGGGGGGCGGGAUGAACUUCGGCGCCUUCAGCAUCAACCCCGCCAUGAUGGCCGCCGCGCAGGCAGCACUGCAGAGCAGCUGGGGCAUGAUGGGCAUGUUAGCCAGUCAGCAGAACCAGUCGGGCCCGGCGGGCAACAACCAGGGCCAGGGCAACAUGCAGAGGGAGCCGAACCAGGCCUUUGGGUCGGGGAAUAACUCCUACAGUGGCUCGAACUCAGGCGCAGCCAUCGGCUGGGGGUCGGCGUCCAAUGCGGGGUCUGGCAGCGGCUUUAACGGAGGCUUCGGCUCCAGCAUGGACUCCAAGUCUUCGGGCUGGGGCAUGUAGGCGGGGGGCGGGGGGGCGGCUGGCUAGUUAGAUGCACUAGACUGGUGGGAACUCUGAUUUUUCUAAACUCCUGGUAAGUAUAUUGUAAAAUACAUAUGUACUAAGAAUUUUCAAAAUUGGUUUGUUCAGUGUGAAGUAUAUUCAGCAGUAUUUUUGACAUUUUUCUUUAGAAAAAGAGGAAGAGCUUAAAGGAAUUUUAUAAGUUUUGUUACACAAAGGGUUGAACUAUUGAGUGUUUGCAAGUGAACUGCUGUUUUCCUGAUUGGUAAACCGACACACUACAGUGGCUAUCAAAAGGUUUCUCCUGUGAGGUUUUACUCCCUGGACUUGUCACGUGAAUUCUUUGCAUGUUCAAAUGGAGACCAUUGCCUAGAACUCUGUCCUUCCUCGGUUUUCCUUUGAACCCCACCAUACGGAUUUCUCUCCCGGGGGAGGGGGGUUCUCCUCUGGAGAUCAUGGUGUCCCGAUACCUGGGUUCAUUUCUGUUUCUGUGUUUAACUUGUCUCCCCUCAUGUACGAAAGUACCAUAUGAAGCCUUCAUUUAAUCUCUGCAGUUCAUCUCAUUUCAAAUGUUUCUGGAAGAAGCACUUACUGAAAGUAGUGCUAACUAUUCUGCCGUAGAACACUGUCCACAUGCUUUCUCCCUCAAGACCUCGCCACCACGCUGCCAGUCCUCGUCUCUGACGGUGGGUGCCCCGUUUUUAUCCGCUACUCUUUAUUUCAUGGAGUCUCUCAACGCUGUGAACGCAAGGCUGUGCUAUGGAACCAGAAGGCUGUCUGAACUUUGGAGACCUUGUGUGGGCUUGCUGGUGGUGCCGAGGCAUGAAAGGCUAGUAUGAGCGAGAACAGGCGAGCGAGCGUGCAGAGACUUGGUGGUGCAUAAUGGAGAUUUUUAACUGGGCGAGAUGUGUCUCUCAACCGUGGCUUUGGUGCGAGAGUGUGCGGAGCGCAAUGAGAGCAGAUCACGUACGAGUGUUUUUUCUUUUUUGGUUUUGGUUUUUGUUUUUUUAAUUUUUCACAUUCAAAGGACAUCCGCAUCUGUUGGAAGACUUUUAAGUGAGUUCUAUUCCUAGGUAACCAGCGGUAGCUGAAUGUGUUCAGUGAAACGAUACUUGUACUUCCCCUGCCCUCCUGUCAACUGCUGUGAAUGCUGUGUGGUGUGUGUUCUCCUCUGUUCCUCAUCUGCAAGUGUGGUCAUGUGGACUGGAGCUGUGGGCUGAGGAUCGGACUGAGCUUGUGUGUUUCACAGAGUACUUGGCCGCAGAGCCCGCCCGCCGGGGAGCGCGGGGGUCUCCCGCAAGGGUGGAAGUUCUAAUGUCUGUAGCGACCCUAAGAAUGCUGUUUGCUGCGGUUCUGUGUCCUGUGCUUGGAGGCUUUUUAUAAGAGUUGUCAAUGUUGGAAAUUCUUAAAUAAAACGGAUUUAAAUAAUA